AUGGAACAAACAGCGCAGGAUCCUGGCUGGUCUGGCAGUGUGAAGGGUCACUGGGAAGAAAUCUUUGACUUUGUGAAGAAUCUAGCGGAGAAAUUCAAAAGUCCCAUGCUGAGGAUGUCCUUCAUUACAUUCUCCUCCAAAUCGUCCACCAUCAUGAAGCUAACAGAAAACAGGGUGAACAUCAGGAAAGGUCUGAAUGCUCUGCAAAAAGAGAUUCCUGGGGGAGACACGUUCAUGCACCUCGGGUUACAGAGUGCAAACGAGCAGAUACGGAAAGAGAACUUUGGCACAGCCAGUGUGAUUAUCGCGCUGACAGACGGAGAGCUGCAUGAUCAUCAGCUCAUCGACGCACAGCAGCAGGCAGAGGAGGCCAGAUCUCUGGGCGCUAUCGUGUAUUGCGUCGGUGUCAAAGAUUUCAAUGAGACGCAGCUGGCCAUUAUUGCAGACACCAUAGAGCACGUGUUUCCUGUGUUGGGAGGCUUCCACGCCCUCAGGGGUGUCAUCGAUUCGAUCAUCAAGAAAUCCUGCAUUGAAAUUUUGGCAGCUGAGCCCUCCAGUGUGUGUGCAGGAGAGUCUUUCCAUGUGGUGGUGAAAGGGAACGGAUUUCUCCAUGCGAGAAACAUCGACCAGGUGCUCUGCAGCUUCAAAAUCAACGAUACCAUCACAAUCAAUGAAAAGCCAGCCGGAGUACAAAACACCUUCUUAUUGUGUCCAGCUCCGAUCAUUGAUGAAGUCGGGAAGGUGAUUUAUCUCCAAGUGAGCAUGAAUGAUGGUCUUUCAUUCAUUAGCAGCAAUGUUCACAUCAACACCACAGAGUGUUUUGAUGGCACCAUACUCCUGAUCACCCUGCUGGUGUUGAUCCUCCUGCUCGCCCUUCUGUUCAUGUGGUGGUUCUGGCCUCUCUGUUGUACUGUGGUGAUCAAAGAGCCUCCUCCCCCACCUCCUCCUGAGCCCGAAUCAGAUGAUGACGACGGCCUGCCCAAGAAGAAGUGGCCAACUGUGGAUGCCUCAUAUUACGGAGGAAGAGGCAUCGGAGGAAUCAAGAGGAUGGAGGUACGCUGGGGAGGGAAGGGCUCAACCGAGGAGGGGGCAAAGCUGGAGAAGCCAAAGAACGCCGUGGUGAAAAUGCCUGAGCAGGAGUACGAACCUUAUGAACCCAAACCCAAGAAACCUCAGAACAAGAAGCCCCCUCAAAACCAGAAGUGGUACACGCCUAUCCGGGGCAAACUGGACGCUAUUUGGGCUCUGUUUCGCCGUGGGUAUGAUCAGGUCUCCCUGAUGCGACCACAGCCUGGCGACCAUGGUCGAUGCAUCAACUUCACCAGAGUAAAGGACGAGGCGGCGGCAGCCAAAGUUCCUCCCCGCGCUCCGAUCCACACGCCGUCGCCGCCGCCUCCAGACUACCGUCCAGUCGUUCGCUCCAUCCCCUCGUCCCCCACCUCGGCCAGUCCGCCUGCCAAGCCACCUCCCUCAUGCCAAAUGCCCCCAGGACCACCACCAGCCCGCACACCCCCGGGGCUUCCUGGUCCACCACCAUCGCGCCCUCCGCCCAGUCUCCUACCAUGA